AUGCGAGGGUGGUAUCUCGCGCAACAAAACUACCACCCCGGGCAAUUAGGAAGUGGAAUACCCAGUGUCGGACGUCGAUAUCUCUUCGAUGAGAAAGAUGUCAAUCCGGAAAUUCUUGCGCCAGUUCUUUUCGCCGAUGCACCACCUGAUGAAUUUUACGGUAUCUGCCGGCUUCUUUUGAGUGAUCGCGAAGCUUGCGGACCCAAUGGUCUUCGUCGGGUGUUCUGUGGCGUUCAUAUAUACCAUCAUGAUUGCAUUGUCCCUUGGUUCAGGGAAGGCGGCGGCCAACAUGUGACAUGUCCCACCUGUAGAGCAAGAAGGCAUCUCCUCCGCCCACCAGUUCACGAAUGGCAGAUUCCACGCGUGCAAGAAGAAGGUGAUUGA